AGGCACUUGCUGCCCUUGCGUGCCCUGUCACCAAGGUGUUCUGAGGGGGAGCAGAGAGUGAUCCUUGGAGCCAGAGACUAAGAGGUUAGGUAGCUUCAGAAAGAUUCCCUCUACCUUACAACCCAGCUGUUGAAGAUACUGAAGGAUCUACUGCGAGGAAGAAAAUCCACCAUUCCCCUCCGGGGAAAGCAUCCACCAUUCAAGGGUGCUUUAAGUUAGGCUUGGGGAUUCCUCAACUGACAAGCGGUCCCCCUCUGGGAGAACUCGGCCAGAGACUAGGGUGUGGUGCUUGCGGGCUGGCUUUGAGGAGCCGGGGCUGACAUCUCCUCCUCCCUUCUUACACAGAACACAAGCUUUACCCGCAAAAGCCACACAUUCCUGCCCAAGCUCUUCUUCAGGAAAAUGUCAUCCUCAGGAGCAAAGGAGAAGCCAGAGCUGCAGUUCCCUUUCCUUCAAGAUGAGGACACGGUGGCUACCCUCCACGAGUGCAAGACGCUAUUCAUCCUGCGCGGCCUGCCGGGCAGCGGCAAGUCCACACUGGCUCGGCUCAUCCUGGAGAAGUACCACGACGGCACCAAGAUGGUGUCCGCUGAUGCUUACAAGAUCAUCCCUGGCUCUCGGGCAGACUUCUCCGAGGCGUACAAGCGUCUAGACGAGGACCUGGCUGGCUACUGCCGCCGGGACAUCAGGGUUCUUGUGCUUGAUGAUACCAACCACGAGCGGGAGCGGCUGGAUCAGCUUUUUGAAAUGGCAGACCAGUAUCAGUACCAGGUGGUGCUGGUGGAGCCCAAGACAGCGUGGCGACUAGACUGUGCCCAGCUCAAGGAGAAGAACCAAUGGCAGCUGUCGGCCGAUGACCUGAAGAAGCUGAAGCCCGGGCUGGAGAAGGACUUUCUGCCACUCUACUUUGGCUGGUUCCUGACCAAAAAGAGUUCUGAGACCCUCCGAAAAGCUGGCCAGGUCUUUCUGGAGGAGCUGGGGAAUCACAAGGCCUUCAAGAAAGAGCUUCGACACUUUAUUUCUGGAGAUGAACCCAAGGAGAAGCUUGAGCUGGUCAGCUACUUUGGAAAGAGACCUCCAGGUGUGCUGCACUGUACAACCAAAUUCUGUGACUACGGGAAGGCCGCUGGGGCAGAAGAAUACGCCCAGCAGGAGGUGGUGAAGAGAUCGUAUGGCAAGGCCUUCAAACUGUCCAUCUCUGCUCUCUUUGUGACACCCAAGACAGCUGGGGCCCAGGUGGUGCUGACCGAUCAGGAGCUGCAGUUGUGGCCCAGUGAUCUGGACAAGCCAUCUGCCUCCGAGGGCCUGCCCCCAGGGAGCCGAGCUCACGUCACCCUAGGCUGUGCGGCCGACGUGCAGCCAGUGCAGACGGGUCUUGACCUCUUAGAUAUUUUACAACAGGUGAAGGGGGGCAGCCAAGGUGAGGCGGUGGGUGAGCUCCCCCGGGGCAAGCUCUAUUCCCUGGGCAAAGGGCGAUGGAUGCUGAGCCUGACUAAGAAGAUGGAGGUCAAGGCCAUCUUCACGGGGUACUAUGGGAAGGGCAAACCUGUGCCCAUACAUGGCAGCCGGAAGGGGGGUGCCAUGCAGAUCUGCACCAUCAUCUGAGGGUUCACACCGCUGUACCACUGUACCACUGCUGUGGGUGGACACAGCAACAUGCCUUCCACCUGAUUUUUAAGAUUUUUUUUUUUUUUACUCAAAGCUAACGUACCUGUAACUUUUUAGGAGUCUAUAAAAUAACUACCAGUUCCUUGUGCCCACCCUUUCUUUUCCUCUUAAUACUCAGCUCUCAACACAGGCGGGUGGGCAGAGGAAGAUACCAUUCAGGAACCUGGACCAGAGGUGGUAAUAAAAGGGCUGGGUCAUUGGGCCUGCAGCAGCAUCUGCCCAGAUGCAUCCAAGAACUUGUUAACCCUCCCUUAGCCCCUGCCCAUCCAAAGCUGGGCACACGCCUCAGAGCUGCCACAUGCUAGGGACAAACGCUACUGCCACAGGAAAACAGUGGUAGCUUAGAGAGGGCUCAGAUCCCUGGGUGCCAGUUUUUUAAUCACUAUAGCCCUUGGGAAGGCUUGGGCUAUUUACUGGGCGGUAAAAGGGGUUUACCUCUCACCUUUGGUCAUUCCUAAGUUCCUAUCUCCUUCACACUGUACCUAGGGUGAUGGUUUCGGUCAGGCCAUCUCCAGCAGCAUGUCUCUGCUGUGUGGAUGGAGGCCAAGGUCAGAAAGAUGCCCCGAGAAGCUCCAGCUUUGCUUUCUGCCCAGCCCAUCUUGCCUGCAUGGUGCCUCUGGGUCUUUAAAGGAGGGUGGUAGGUACCAAGAACCAGUGGAGGGGACCCUGAGCUGGCAAGAGUAAGCCCCAUCUCCUGCUCUGGCAAAGCCUGGCUCCUGGAGUACCUCACUCUGCCUUCUGCUCAGUAACAGGACCUUGCUAAUUGGGUUGUCACCCGAGAAUCUGGGAUGUAUGCUCCUACCCUCACCCUGUGUUGCCCACCUCAGCCACCACUAAGACUGAUACUGAAAUAAAUCAUGUUAAUCCCAGCUGUGUGCUA